CAAUUAAGAGUCAAAAUCGAGGAAUAUCGCAAAACGUCCAGUUCUUCCCCACCCUGACCCUAAUCAUGUUUUGGGGCAUUUUGGGGCUUCCACAUGUAAUAUUAUCCUUACCUAACCUUCCAUGCAUUCAGGACGCAACCAGAGCGUCGUACUCCCUCCCCCUCCCUCCUAGGUGAUGACAUCGUAGAGGCGACCCUUUUGGCCAAUUUCGUUGAUCUCUUUUCAGUGACCUUACCAACCACACAUCACGCAUCGUCCACUACACUUCCACUUGAGAUAAUGGCAUGUGUGAGUGGUGUGUGGUGUGAUGUUAGUGACGUCAGGCAGGCCAGCCUACAACGACGAGAAGCCACUUGAAGGAAACUUAAAAGACACUACUGCCUGCACCUCUCACCCAGUCGCAAAAUGAAGCUCACGGUAUUACUUUGGGUCUUCGCAGUCUGCGGGCUGUCGAGAGCCAGCAGCUUGGCUCGAGCCAGUGGCGACGACGCCAAGUAUACUCUGCCUGAGGGAUUCCUCUUGGGCGUAGCUACCAGUGCCUACCAGAUUGAGGGCGCUUGGAAUGAGGAUGGAAAGGGUCUAAAUGUUUUUGACUUCGCCUUCCACUCCGCGAACAUGACGGUCAACGGCGACGUGGCGUGUGACUUCUACCAUCGCUACAAGGAAGACAUUGCCAUAGCCAAGGAGAUUGGCUUUAACGUGUUUCGAAUGUCUAUUUCUUGGACGAGAAUUUUUCCGAAAGGGAGGAAUACGGAAAUCAACGAGUUGGGCGUCCAGUUCUACCACAAAGUCAUAGACACGUUACUUGCGAACAACAUUCAACCCAUAGUGACUCUCUUUCAUUUCGACACUCCACUAACCGUAGAGAAGGAAGAGGGCGGGUGGCUGGGUGACACUGUAUCAGACCUCUUCGCGGACUACGCAGAUUUUAUUUUCCAGACUUACGGCAAUAAGGUUAAGUACUGGCAGACUGUGAAUGAGCCAUCCUUUUAUUGCGAUUAUCUGGGAUCAGGCAUUCUGGGACCAGCUUUCGCUGUGACUAUUGAGGAGAUGAACAAGUGCCUGAAAAACAUGCUUUUCUCCCACGCCAAGGCGCACAAAAUCUACGAAACUAAGUACAAGUCAUCACAGAAAGGUAUGAUAGGCUUUGGUGCGGGUCCCAUAUUCGCCAGAGCAAAAGAUCCCUACUCGUCAGAUGAUGUCGAGGCCGCAAUGAAGAUGAACGAACUCUCUGGCAUCGGCCUUACCGUGGACCCCUUCGUCUUCGGCGAUUUCUCUGAGCGAGUCAAGGCGUCCAGGGGCAUUGCCUUUACCGACGAAGAAAAGGAACUCGUUAAAGGGCGUGUUGACUUCCUGGCUAUCAACAUCUACGGUGGUCGGAGUGUGAAUGCCUCCGACGUCAGUGCAGAUGCAAGACUCGCUGCCAACGGCCCAGACAGUUUCGGCGACCACACCAGUGCGUGGGUGCUCCGUGAGAUGCCCAAGUGGGUCAAGGCGCGGUACGACAGCGUGAAGCACCUUCCCAUAUUCAUCACAGAGAACGGAUUGCAAACGCAGGGCGAUGCGCCACUGGACGACUGGGACACCCGCGCUGUGUAUUGCAGUGCCUUUCUACGUGAGAUGGCGGCGGGGAUCAACGAAGACGGGACAAGAGUGUUUGGAUACACAAUGUGGAGCCUGACGGACACAUUCGAGUUCAGCAGAUUUGCCCUCGCCGCUUUCCCACCGUUUUCGAGAUGCCAGCGGCCAGUACCUGUGCAGAGGACGAUGGUCCUCUGGUCAGAUACCUGACAGAGUGGCUCCAGCACAUGGGAGAUCCAGACGAGCCCGGCCAAUCUCGCUUGUGCAGAAUACUUCAGUUCCUUCGACAGUCUCUGGUAAGCUAUACUUCCGCACUCAACCCACCGAGCCUAUAAUGACAAUCCCACUUUCCUGAAAUUGGGUGGAACUGUGAAAUUGUGUUAGAAAAAUGAAGUCCGACUUCUUGAAGAUAAACAUUUUUACGAGCCGUCCUCCAAAUCCCAGUUGAAGAGCGCCAAAUGUGACUAUAUUCUUGUAAAAUAUUCUUGCGCUGCACAUACUAUUUAAUCGCACAUGUUCCAUUCAUUUUUAACAGAUUCCUUUAUAGCAUGGAUGAACAGUACACUGUCAAAAAAGUGCUGUAAGUUCACUGAAUCCAUAAAGCAGAAGAAGGGGAUAAAUGAAUUUUUAACAGGUUUUUUUAACAGU